AUGGCUGUAACUCAUGCCUCCCUCACCGAUGAGUACUUCAACAUAACUAACUCCUCCUCCAACAACAACUACUACAAUCUCGAGCUCAACAUCACCAUUCGAAACCCCAACAAGUAUUUCGGCAUCGACUACGACAAGGGUCAAAUCGUCGCAGACUACCACAACACGUCUUCUUUGGCCAACAUUGCCGACUUUCAGCAACCGCCAAAGAACAUGACUCUUCUGACGCCGUCGUUCAAACUGCAGCGGGAUACUAGCAUCACUGAUGAUGCAGCGUGGUCCGGGAAAGGGAAUCACUACGACAUUCUGAUCAGGCUUUACUUUCCAAAGACGUUCAAGACCGUCACCUGGUGGAGGCGCGAUUCCGAGAGCUGCUCUCUUAUGUUCACAUGUGACUUGAAGCAGGUUCCCUUGCAGAAUGGAUCACAAUCUGUGACUACUGCUUUUAAUUCUACCAAGUGCCAAUCUCGUUAUACAUAUAGUUAUUUUUGUUAG